AUGGGCAAAAAUGCUAAAUCAAAAGCGAAAUUUAUUUGUUAUUAUCUUCUUAAUACUGGUGAAAUUUGUGGCAGGCGUAGUACUAGACCUGAAGGUUGUCGAUCACACUUCAAAGCUAAGAUGCGUCGGCCGUGCUCUGCUUGUAGAAGACCUACAAAGUUAGUUAAACCUACAGGGGUAGAUAAUGGCCUAUGUAGCUAUUGUAAUAAGAGCAAUUAUCAGAUCCAGCAUGUGAAUAUGCUUCGGGAUAAGGCCCAGAUGUUCGAUCUGUAUACUUCUGAGAUAAGACUUAGAGGCGUCGCCCUAAAGGGCUUUGCCUACUCAUACUUAUUCUCCUAUAUCGAACGCGCAUUCGUCAUUGCUCUGCUCCUCCUCAUGCUUGUUCUCUCUUGCUACCUAUGUGGUAUGCUAUUGGGAGGCAAUUUGUAUAUCAUUUCUUGCGUACAUGCUCCACUUUGCUCCGCAGACUUCGUAAACAUUAUGUUCGCCCUAGAGAAUUUGGCAUCUGAACAGGAUAAAUCUCACUUCUUUGAGCAUUCAGAAUUUGUCCAGAAUUUUGUUAUGUCCAGAAUUUGUACAGUUCAAAUUGUCUGA